AUGUCUAGCUCAUCGUUGAAGCACGAUAUCGUUUCUAUCGUCAAGACAGCUAGGCUGACAAGAGAGUCUCUGGAUGAGAAUUCUCGGGUUCAGGCUCUGAGCGCCGCUCGAGAGCUGGUCCAGACGCUAUCGUCUCCUGCUGAGACUGCCAUCCAGGAUGUGUCCAUGUUGGGGGCUUUCCGAGCGAUCUGCGGUCAGAGGAAGGGGAUCACCACGCAUGAGAUUGCAGCGAAAUGCGGUGCAAGUCCAAGUGUUCUUAGCCAGGUUUUGAAAGUCCUCGUAGCCACAGGAUACGUCCUUGAGGCCGGUGUGCAGCUCUACACGCCCUCAGCUCUUACUAUGGUCAUGGCAGAUCCAGUCAUGGAGGCCGCGACUAGAGCAGCUCCGGAAUUCUUCCGCCGAAACAACAACCAGGCUCCAACAUCUAUCGAGGAUACGCCCUUUCAGCUAUCAAAGAACACCAAGCUCGGUUACUUCAGCUGGCUCAGCGAGAACCCGUCGCUGGCAAAAGACUUCCAGCAGUUCAUGUCCAUCAAACAGCAAAAGACCCCAUCGUGGGUUGACUGGUUCGAUAUUGACCGCGUUCUUCUCGCUGGGUUGAAUACGACCGAGGAGACCGUCUUGUUCGUCGAUGUUGGAGGUGGCGAGGGACUGUAUACACAGGCAUUCAACAGCAAGUGCCCUCCAUCUCGCACGCCGGGCCGACGAAUCCUGCAAGAUCUGCCGCAUGUAUUCUCGAAUCUAGCCAAUACACCCGAAGCAACCGAAUUAAUGGCUCAUGACUUCUUCACGCCACAGCCCAUAAAGGGCGCCCGGGUAUACUACUUACAUUGGGUGCUGCACGACUGGGCUGAUGAGCGGGCGCGCGAUAUCCUACGACAUAUCGUUGAGGCGAUGGAACCGGGGUAUUCGCGCCUUGUGAUCAACGAGAACAUUAUCCCCGAUCAAGGCUGUGACUAUACCUCUGCAUGUCUGAGUCUCCUCAUGAUGGUGCAAGUUGGAGCGCUGGAAAGAACUGAACUGCAGUGGCGCGAGCUGCUGAAUUCAGUUGGCUUGACGGAUUUUGCUUUCUAUCAACCGCCGGGGGAGGGGGAGGGAGUUAUUGUGGCUACCAAGUGA